UUCGGGGAUAUCUUCGGAAUAUUUUUCGGACACUCGAAUUAAUUUCUACAAAUUUUGGAAGUCUUGGUGGAAAGAAAAACUUUUUUUUUUGAAAUUUUUAUAAUACUUUUGAUCUGGGCCGUUGGAUUUAACUUAGGAUGAUCUGGGCCGUUGGUUUCCAUUUUAACAAGGAGGCGCGGUUAGACCUCACCUGGACUCCCCAGACGACGCUGUCGUCCGCCGAACCUCGCCGCCACCCAUCUCUGCCGUCCGGCCACCAUGUCCCACCGAACCGGUCGAAUCUGGUUCGUCUCCUCAAGCCCGUCAAUCCUGUGCUCGAAUAUCAUACAUGCAUCCAUGUUUGACGGAGAAAUCGUAAAGAGAAGGAUUCGACUCUUUCCGGCAAUUUCCUGAUUCCCGGCGACUCCGAUCGGUUCCAGGCUUCAAGACUGAUAUGUUCAUUUCUUCGUUCCCUACAGCCUAGUGCCUUCGGUUUCUUGCUUUAGUCAAGGUUCGUAAUUUUUGGGUCUUUUAAGUUCUGUUUGGUUGAUGCUUAUUACUGUGUUGUUGUGAUUGGGAUUGAGAUUGUACUUGUGUUGUUCUGUUUGAUGAAAUAUCUCCAUGGCUACUUUCCUCAUUUUCACUUGUAAUUCUUGUGUUAAUAUUUUCACCUGAAAUUGUAUCCCAAAAAUAUUAACAAGAAGCACCCACUGCCCCAUAACAAUUAUACAGCUGGAAUUCACUAACCCACCACCAUAAAUCCUAUAAACUGAGAAACUAUUAAAGUCUUAUGAAUCUUUGAUGUGAUGCAGAGACUCUAUUUGGACCUCCUAAACAAGCUAUUAUAAUCAUGAUGGCGUGUAUUAGAAAAGAUUCCCAGAACCCAUCAGAAGGAAAAUUACACUCUACACGCCACCGCCACUCUUCACCUCCGCCACCACCACGGUAGUGUACUCCUCUUUCCCCAUUGGACGCUUACUAACCUCACCCACACAACAUUCACCCAAUCGGUUAUCGACAUGUGGCAUAGUGGACGUUAGGAAUGGGUCUGAAAUUGUACCAGUGUGUUACAGACCUCUCCUACUACAGUGUCUCAUUUUAUCCCUUUUGUCUUACUCUUGCUACUCCUCCAUGUGGUUCUAUUUAUACAGACAUAUAGUGCUGGUUCCAUCUCACUUGGCCACUCCUGCAUAUCCACCUCUUAUAUUUUUUCAGUCACUUUUGCCUCAGAGCUUAAACCACCAACAACAAACCCAAGAAGUUUUUGAAAUGGCUCAAGUGAGUGAAAUGGAACAUGUGGAGCAAGCAGUAAGGUCUAGGUUCAAGAGUGCAUGGGUGAUUUGCGAAAGCAAAUCGGGGAAUAAAGAGAUUUACAAAGCUGCUGCCACAGAAUUAGGCAAAGAGCUGGUUUCAAGGGGGGUGGACAUUGUCCAUGAUGGAGGUGAAAGCACAGGACUGAUGGAUUGUGUUGUAAAGGCUAUGCAAGAUGGUGGAGGCAACGUUCGUGAGAUCAUCCCCAGGCGUGUUUUGGGUGCAGAGGGCGAGUUUGUGACCUACAUGCACCAAAGGAAGGCUGAAAUGGCCCGCCAUGCUGAUUGUUUUAUAGCGUUACCAGGAGGGUAUAGAACCCUGGAAGAGUUGCUGGAAGCGGUUUCUUGGUCCCAACUUGGGAUCCAUGACAAACCUGUGGGUUUACUCAACGUCAAUGGCUACUACAAUUCCUUUCUUUCUUUCAUUGACAAUUCCGUGGAUGAAAGCUUUAUCAAGCCUUCCCACAGCAACAUCAUAGUCUGGGCUACCAAUGCCAAGGAGCUCCUUGAUAAACUUGAGGACUAUGUGCCAGUGCCUGAUAGACCCCUGAACAGAGAAAGUUGGGAGGUUUAGCAACAAGAACCGCAGGAGAUACAACAUGUGGGGUUCAAUGUUGCUCCUGCUUGUAAAAGAAGGAGAAGAGGAGGAGGAGGAGGAGGGGAUAAGGGAUGAAAUGAAAUUGUGGAAAAAAUGUGUUUUGGGAUCUCUUUUCGCUUUUGGUCAUUGUAGUAGACUUUUAUGUGCAACGAUAUUAUAACCAAGGAACAAUUGCAAGAAGCAAGAUCCAAAAAAUGCAGCAGCUUUAUUCUCUCUACUUCAUUGAUCUUGGCAUGCAUGGCAUCACUGCUUGAUGUUAUUAUUUCCCUUUCUUCUUCUUUUUCCCCUUUUUUUUGGGUUCUGUCAGUUGUAAGGUACUGUAGUGUUUAUUUUUUUAUUUUUUAUUUUUUAUACUGUAGUGUUUU